AAUUGGAGAAAUAAUGGGAAAGAUUUCGUACCUGAGGCUAAAGGGAAGCCAGAAUCUUCGGCUGCGUCUCCUGUUAUCGACGCUUUCAUCUACUCCUAUCCUCAUUGAGGACAUACGCGCCGAUGCAACAUGGCCUGGUAUGCUUUCCCACGAGGUGUCACUCCUUCGCCUCCUCGAAAAGGUUUCCGACGAUUGCCACGUCGAAAUCAACGAAACAGGUACAAAACUCAAGUACAAGCCUGGAAUAGUGAUGGGUGGGAGGAAUUUAGUGCAUGACUGCGGAGUGAGUAGAUCCAUUGGAUAUUUCUUGGAGCCAUUGAUUGUACUGGGUUUGUUUGGGAAGAAACCCCUUACAAUUAGACUCAAAGGUAUUACAAAUGAUUCCAAGGACCCCUCAGUUGACACAUUUAAAUCUGCCACUUUACCCAUGUUGAAGCGGUUUGGAGUACCUCCAGAAGGACUCGAACUGAAAAUUGAAAGUCGAGGUGUCCCUCCCCAUGGUGGUGGAGAAAUUAUCCUGUCUAUUCCCGUUGUCCAAGAUAGUCUAAAGGCUAUCUCCUGGAUCGAUGAAGGCAUGGUGAAGAGGAUUAGAGGGAUCAGUUUCUCAACCAGAGUAUCGGUACGGUUUGAGAGAUCCAUCAUAGAUGCUGCUCGUGGUAUUUUAAAUCGUUUGCUUCCAGAUGUAUACAUAUUUACUGAUCAUAGAGCUGGCCCACAAGCUGGAAAGUCUCCUGGUUAUGGAAUUACACUGGUUGCUGAAACCACAUCAGGUUGCUUUAUGUCUUCUGACACUGCUAUUUCCAAUGCCUUGGUAAAGGAAGAUGAUGUAAUUGAGGACGAGGAGAAUAAAGAAUUUAGCCCACCGGAGGAUGUUGGAGAGCAAAUCGCCUCUAUGCUACUCGGCGAGAUUGAACAAGGCGGGGUGGUUGAUUCGACUCAUCAGGGUUUGUUGUUUAUUCUCUGUGCACUAUGUUCCCAAGAUGUUUCAAAGGUUCGCGUUGGACAGCUUACACCAUAUGGAAUUGAAGUGCUUAGGCACAUCAGAGAUUUUCUAGGCGUUAAGUUUGUUAUUAAGCCUGAUCCAUCAACAAGGACAGUGAUUCUUAAAUGUGUUGGAUGUGGAUUGAAGAAUUUGUCAAGAAAAGUUUCGUGAGAGCUAUCGAAUUUUUGGGUAUUUCCUUGCCUUGAGACUGGCAUGUAAGGCAUUCAACCUCGUUGCACCAUAUGUGCUUUAGAGGGAUGCUGGAGAUUGCAUUGUCCAGCAUCUCACUAUAUUUUUAUGGGCAUGAUUAAUUUUUUUAAAAAAAAUUUUAAAUAGUAAGCAAUAUGUAAGAAUGAACUCCCAAUUUUGUCUAAUUUGAUCUAAACAAAUACUGGAUUUGUGGGCCGACAAAUUGGCAAUGUAGUUUUCACUGUUGAAGCACGUAACUUUUCUUGUU